UUUUGCGACUGGCUCUCAUUCGACAGGACACGCCUCAUCGGACCACAGUGCUUAGCAACACGAUCAGCAUUCCGCUUGGCGAGGCUUGAUUGAUGAGGAGCUUGAAACUCCACCAGAAACUCCGCAGUAGGAUGGGCUUUGAGCAUGUCGUGCGAGCUUACUUAGGCAUUCGAAUUGUAUAUAAGGUUCCCUCAUGCAUAGCCAGAAAUCCAUCUGCAUUUUUUCAGAAUCCCAGUUACAUUUACAUUUAUCUAUUUGCCCUUUACCAUUGUCCCCAAAUACUUUCGAAUCAUGUCUACAUCAGAGGCCAGCAAAGCCUUCGCGGGCAUCCCAGAGCAAAUUGCAACGUCCUUCACAGGACCUCUAAAACACAACACAUACCCUGCGAUUUCCCCUUCACGUCCAGAGCUCUCGCAAGCAGGCAAGACCGUCCUCAUCACCGGAGGCGCCACCGGCAUCGGGUAUGCCACAGGUGAAGCCUUCGCACUUGCAUCAGCCGCCAGAAUCAUUCUGGUCGCUCGCAGACCCGGUUCCCUCGACUCUGCGGUCGCGAAACUGAAGGCGACUCCAGGCCAUAAGGCAGAGAUCAUCGGACGACCAUGCGACAUCUCUGAUUUUGCUGCCGUCGAGGCGCUCUGGACGAGUCUGGAGAAGGAGAAGAUCGUGGUGGAUGUGCUCGUGUUGAGUGCUGUGAGGCUUACUCGGCCGGCUACUAUGGUCGAGCUGGGGCAUGAAGAGGUGUGGAGGGAGUUCGAGACGAAUGUUCAUGGGAAUGUGUUCCUUACUGAGAAGUUCAUCAAGCAUAUUGAUGCGUUUCCGAAUGGGAAGAAGAAGGCGCUCCUGAACGUGUCGACGAUGUCUAUUCAUGACUUCAAGAUCAAUGCCACUAGGCCCACUUAUAGCGCUACGAAGAAUACCAGCACGCUGUUGACUCAGUUGACCGCUGCGGAGACGCCGGUUGAGAAGGUCCAGAUCGUUAGUUACCACCCUGGAGCCAUAUACACUGAGAAUGUUCAGAGUGCAGGCUACCCGGCCGAUCUCCCUUGGGACGAUGUGAAACUACCAGGCCAUUUCGGUAUCUGGGCAGCGUCUCUAGAGGCAGCGUUCCUCCAUGGCCGCUUCGUGUGGGCGGGCUGGGACGUGGAGCAGCUCAUGAAGGGACCGAUUCGCGAGCGAAUUGAGAGUAACCCGGACUAUCUGAAGAUCGGCGUUAUCGGUAUGGCCUGAUAUUCCGCGACACAAUGUAAAGGUCAAGGUAGUGGAAACCAGGCAGCCUCUUGACUGUCCGGCUACCUGCUAGGGGAGCCACCCCUCGCAGUGGUAUCAAGGGAGCGAAAGUCGAGCCACGUAGAUCUAGAUACGUGGUUAUCAUACAAAGCUUAAUGGAAUAGAAAUUAGGCCAC